CUCACCGCCCACGUGAUUGAUUAGAUCAUUAAGGCGGUGUCCGUUUAGUGGCCGAUUACUGUACAGUCCAUGUUGACAGCAAGCGUUAUCACUUGGUGACAAAGCUCUCUUCUGAUUUCGAGCUUACAUUAGCUAUUGUUUCUCCGGGUCUAUCCUACAGGCCCAUAUACCUCGUCAUACAAGAAGCUGGAGCAGCGUUUUAUGCAUGCCUGACUUCAAGAUCUCUGCGGCCCUAGAGGGCCACAGCGAUGAUGUUCGCGCGGUGGCAUUUCCAAACCCCAAUGUCGUUUUGUCUGCCUCCCGCGAUACAACAGUUCGUAUCUGGAAGCUUGUGUCUACCCCGCCCCCCGCCUAUGACUAUACCAUCUCCUCUUCUGGAUCGGCUUUCAGGAACUCCCUGGCGUACUAUCCACCCACCCCCGAGUUCCCGGAAGGACUUAUCUUCUCUGGUGGACAAGAUACUAUAAUAGAAGCCAAACAACCUGGAAAGGCCGUUGGAGACAAUGCGGAUGCUAUGCUACUUGGUCAUGCUCACAAUGUCUGUGCCUUGGAUGUCUGCCCGGAGGGCGGUUGGAUUGUGAGCGGAAGCUGGGAUACUUCAGCAAGACUAUGGAGGCUUGGUAACUGGGAAGCUGAAGUGGUAUUUGAGGGACAUCAGGGCAGUGUCUGGGCUGUCCUAGCUUACGAUAAGGACACCGUUAUCACCGGAUGCGCGGACAAGAUAAUUCGUGUAUUUAAUACCUCUGGAAAGCUUCUACGGAGCAUCAAGGACUCGCCCGAGGUCAUAAGAGCUCUCUGCAAGGUUCCUUCGUCCAACCCCACGGGCGCCCAAUUUGCGUCUGCUAGCAACGAUGGCAUAAUCCGACUGUUCACCUUGCAAGGUCAGAUAGUAGGUGAAUUGCAUGGACACGAAAGUUUCAUAUACUGUUUGGCAUCGCUGCCUACCGGUGAACUGGUCAGCUCAGGCGAGGAUCGAACUGUCAGAAUCUGGAACGGCACACAAUGUGUCCAGACGAUCACACACCCUGCCAUUUCAGUAUGGAGUGUGGCUGCUUGUCAGGAGACUGGCGACAUCGUCACAGGUGCUAGUGAUCGGGUCACGAGAGUAUUCAGUCGAGAAAAGGAGCGCCAAGGAGACGAGAGCCUCAUACAGCAGUUCGACAACGCCGUCAAGGAGUCUGCGAUUCCUCAACAGCAAGUCGGAAAUAUCAACAAGGAAAAGCUCCCUGGUCCUGAGUUCCUCAAACAGAAGUCUGGCACAAAGGAAGGGCAGGUGCAGAUGAUUCGAGAGGAAAAUGGUAGCAUCACCGCUCACACGUGGUCAUCAGCUACACAAGAGUGGAUCGCUGUAGGAACUGUUGUGGAUGCCGCCGGUAGCGGUGGGAGGAAAAUCGAAUAUCUUGGUCAAGAGUACGACUAUGUCUUCGAUGUGGAUAUCGAGGACGGCAAACCUCCGCUGAAGCUGCCAUAUAAUGUAUCCCAGAAUCCUUAUGAAGCAGCUACCAAGUUUAUCCAAGACAACGAACUUCCUAUCGGAUAUCUGGACCAAGUCGCAAGAUUCAUCACGGAAAACACUCAAGGAACUACCAUCGGUGAAACAACAGAACAGCAACCUACAGGGGCCGAUCCAUGGGGCCAAGAACACCGUUAUCGUCCAGGAGAUGCCACCGCUGCUAGCCAAGCAACCUCCGUACCAGCGCAGCGGCCAAAAGUGCUACCUCAGACAUCAUACCUCUCCAUUAGAUCCGCUAACCUCAAAGUGAUUUCAAAAAAGCUUGCAGAGGUCAACCAGCAGCUAGUAUCUUCUGGCUCGAAAGAGGUCUCCCUGAGUCCUUCCGAAGUUGAGACAGUUCAGGCAUUAUGCGCACAAAUGGAGUCUUCUGAGAGACUAAAAGAGUCGGCUACCGUGGAGACUGGAGUCGGCUUGGUGUUCAAGGUCGCCACAGCUUGGCCAGCUGCCAAUCGACUUCCUGGACUUGAUCUUCUCAGGUUGCUCGCUGCUGCAACGCCGCUUACAGCAAAGCUCGACUAUAACGGCCAAGACCUCAUAUCGGCUAUACAAUCGAGCGGUAUUUUUGAACCUCCAUUCAACGUGAAUAACGUUAUGCUCGCUGUUCGAAUGUUCGCCAAUCUCUUUGAGACGGAAGAGGGUCGCAGCUUGACAGCAGGCAAGUUCGAUCAAAUUACUUCUAUCGUGCAGUCUGUCACGACCGCUCCUGGAAACACAUCAAAUCGCAACCUAACCAUUGCCGCCACGACUCUUUACAUUAACUACUCGGUUUACCUAACCACUGGUGGACGUCACACUUCACCCGAGUCCUCAGAACGGGCGCUCGUGUUGCUCGACGAGCUCACCAAGCUCCUGUCGAACGAGAAGGACUCUGAAGCCGUCUACCGUGGCCUCGUUGCUGCAGGAACCCUGGUCAAUUCUCUUGGCGAGGAGGUUAAGACUGCGGCUAGGGAAAUUUAUGAUAUUCAGGGGUUGCUAAAUAAGGUGCUUGCGGCAGGCCUUGGGAAGGAACCCAGAAUUAAGAGUAUUGUGGGCGAGAUCAAGGGCCUCUUGCAAUAGAGGAAGGCAAUGUAGCUAUCAUAGACAUGCUUUCCUCACAUCCUGUUUUUGAACAAAUGAUGAGUCUUACGCCAAGCAAAUGAAAAGAAAAGAA